UCGGAGUGACUCCUCCUCUCCCUCAUAGAUCACCUCUGCCGGCAGCAGUCAGUCAGCGGGUCUAGUCUAAAGCUCAGAGCCCUCCGCCUGGAGAAGAAGAAGGGAGUGGUGCAAAUAAAGAAGCUUCUGGAUCAACACUUUCACACAAAAACCUCCUCAAGCUUCACUUCAGCGAUGGCGGAGGCCCAUCAAGCGGUGGCGUUCCAGUUCACCAUCACGCCGGAGGGCAUCGACCUGCAGCUGUCCUAUCAGGCUCUGAACCAGAUCUACAUGUCCGGGGUCAGGUCCUGGAAGAAACGAGUCAGCCGCCUGAGGAACAGGGUGAUCAAAGGCGUGUACCCCGCCAGCCCCUCCUCCUGGCUCUUCGUCGUCAUAGCGAUCCUGGCCACCAUGUACAUGCGCUCUGAUCCCAGCAUGGGGCUCAUCACCAAGAUACAGCAACACCUGCCGCUCAGUCUCCAUGUGUCCCUCAGUGCCCAGGGUCAGACCAUGCUGUCAGCGCUGCUCUUCAGCACUCUGCUCUGGCUCUCCCUCAUCCUGGCCCUCAGGUUCUGCCUCAAGCUGCUCCUCUCCUACCACCAGUGGAUGUUUGAGCAGCACGGCCGGAUCACCAACACCACCAAAGUCUGGAUGACUCUGCUGAGGUUAUUAUCCAGCAGGAAGCCUCUCCUCUACAGCUACCAGACCUCUCUGCCUCACCUGCCGGUUCCUCCCAUCAGAGACACUCUGAGCAGGUAUCUGACGUCAGUGCGUCCUCUGUUGACCGAUCCAGACUUUAAGCGAAUGACUGAACUGGCGGAUCAGUUUGAGUCCAACCUGGGGAACCGGCUGCAGCGCUACCUGAAGCUCAAAGCUCUGUGGGCCACCAACUAUGUGAGCGACUGGUGGGAGGAGUACAUCUACCUGAGGGGCCGAGGGCCCAUCAUGGUCAACAGCAACUACUACGGCAUGGACUUCCUGUAUGUGACCCCGACCUCGGUGCAGGCAGCCCGGGCCGGUAACACCAUCACCGCCCUGCUGCUCUACCGCAGGAAGGUCAACCGGGAGGAGCUCAAACCGAGUCGUGUUCCUGGUACUGUCAUCCCUCUGUGUGCUGCUCAGUGUGAGAGGAUGUUCAACACCACACGCACACCAGGAGAGGAGACAGAUGUGCUCCAGCAUUGGCAGGACAGUGAGUUUGUGGCGGUGUACCACAAGGGACGCUUUUUCCGGCUGUGGGUGUACCGGGCCGGCCGGCUGCUGUCUCCCAGGGAGAUCGAGUACCAGAUCCAGAGGAUCCUGGAUGAUAACUCCCUCCCACAGCCUGGAGAGGAGAAACUGGGAGCGCUGACUGCUGGAGACAGGGUUCCUUGGUCACAGAUGAGGAAGCAGUACUUCACCUCUGGCAUCAACAAGCGAUCACUGGAUGCUAUCGAGAGGGCCGCCUUCUUCGUAACGCUGGACGAUGAAGAACAAGGCAUGAGGGGAGAGGACCCAGCAGGAAACCUGGACCGCUACGCCAAGUCCCUGCUUCAUGGGAAAUGCUACGAUAGGUGGUUUGAUAAAUCCUUCUCCAUUGUGAUCUACAAAAAUGGAAAGAAUGGACUGAACGCAGAGCACUCCUGGGCUGAUGCACCGACAGUGGCUCACCUUUGGGAGUACACUCUGGCCACUGAUGCGUUCCAGCUGGGCUACACGGAGGACGGUCACUGUAAAGGAGAGGUGGACCGCUCGCUGCCCCCCCCCCAGAGGCUCACCUGGGACAUCCCCUCACAGGUUCAGGAUCAGGCCAUCAGCUCGCUGUCGGUUGCCCAGGCGCUAGCAGACGACGUGGACUGUCACGUGUUUCCCUUCAGAGACUUUGGAAAAGGACGGAUCAAGAAGCUACGCGUCAGCCCUGACGCGUUCAUACAGAUCGGGUUACAGCUGGCAUACUACAGGGAUCGUGGUGGUUUCUGUCUGACUUACGAGGCAUCGAUGACCCGUCUGUUCAGGGAGGGCCGGACAGAAACUGUGCGAUCCUGCUCCAAUGAAAGCUGUGCCUUCGUCAAAGCUGUAGAGAAUGGAGAGGGAGUGGACCAAUGCAAGCGUCUCUUCCGGCUGGCUUCAGAGAGGCACCAGAACCUCUACCGGAUGGCCAUGACCGGAGCUGGGAUCGACCGACACCUCUUCUGUCUCUACGUGGUGUCCAAAUACCUGGGCGUGGACUCACCCUUCCUCAAAGAGGUUUUGUCUGAGCCUUGGCGUCUCUCCACCAGUCAGACCCCGAUUCAGCAGAUAGAGCUGUUCGACCUCAAGAACAACCCAGACUUCAUAUCACUGGGAGGAGGCUUCGGACCUGUUGCUGAUGAUGGGUACGGGGUUUCAUACAUCAUCGUGGGAGAGGAUAUGAUCAACUUCCACGUGUCGUCCAAACACUCCUGCAAGGACACUGACUCCCACAGGUUCGGAGCUCAGAUAACUAAAGCUCUCCAAGACAUCAUGACUCUUCUCUCCACUGACACCAAAACGCCCUCGUCCUCCAAAGGGCCUCAGUCCAAGAAGCUCAUGUGAACAGAAAAUGUGGCAGAAAAGCAGCUGCAGGUGUAGAAACCAUAGAAGCUGCAUUGUUAAAAGCACAGCCAGUUUAGUGACUUACUGAAAGGCAUUAAUUCAACCAACAAAGGUGAAAUAAUCAGUAAUAUCAAAGGGAGAUCUUGGCCUUUUUUACGUCAAAACCACAAUAAUAAAGCUUUUAGGCCUCGUUCAGAAAUAGAAAAACAAGGCACACUGAAGAUGCGAGGAACCUUUUCCUGUUGGACAGGUGCUCUGUAGCACCUGCAGACAAUGUUAUGAUUUGCAUUCUUCCAUUAAAAACAUAGAGUUCAAAAGCCUUAACAGGCACUAACAAAUAUAUUUUACUGUUAUUCUAUAGCAUUAAUUCGUACGCUUUUUUUGUAUAUUUUUGUAUUUUUUGCGAGCUGUCUGUCCGAGACAUUCAGCUGGAGAACAUUUAAGAUGUCUAAAUGCUUCCAAUCCCUGUUUUCUCUAGAGAAUAUGAAACUUGUAAUGGUGGAUUUUUUUUAAGAAGGAGGGAGCAAAGGUCAUCACUUGAGAUGGAAGUCUUUAGCAGUAAGAAUAGUAGGAGAUGGAGACGGAGAGACAAAUCUCCCUGACACAAGGCGGAAAGCAUUAAGAGAUCCUAAAUCUCAAUAAAAGUGAAGGGAAAUGUAUUUUUAGUUUAUCGGCAGAGCCAAAUGUCCGUGUGACGAUUCAAAUCAAAAAACAAUUCUAUAGCAAGGGUAUUUAGAGUUGAGGGGGAAAAAUAAGAGGGUAAAUCUCAAUUAAGGGAAAUAAUUACACUCAGACCAAAAGAGACACAUUUUUAUUGCCAUUUAAUUUCUAAGAAGUUGUUUACAAGCUAGACAAUGAAAGCCCAAACCUUUAUUUGCAGUGGUUACUGGGCUACUUUUACCCACCACCUGAUCUCUGGAGAAGUGAAUUUCUGGAGAAAUGAACCCCAGCCUGAAUCAGUGGUCUCCAUCCACAGAACACACUUUCCUUUGUAAUUACGAUCUGGUACGAGGAGAAUGUUACUUACUUUUAACUCAUUUUGACUUAAUUUGGUUCCUUUAAUCAACACAGUUCCCACCAUAGCUUGCCUUGUUGUGGUCGUUGGGGGGUUUUCUUUUAAUUACACAUAAGCACUCAUUCUAUAUUUGAUGUAUUCUGUUCUUUAUUCACGUUUUACACAGCGUCAGGUUUUUUUUAUACACAUGUACAGUCAUGGAAAUCAUUCUUUUCUUUAAUUUAUUGUUA